CACAAUUUCGCUGGUAAACCGUUCGGUACAAGAUUUUAGUCAGCCAAAAAGUCGAAUUCGUCGAUCUAGACGACGACGACGACGACGACCAAACACUCCGCCGAUCAACGGUCCUCUAGUCUCAACGAAGAGUGAGUGGCUUCGUCGUGACCUCAGAAAUGUCGCAGCAAAUCAGCGGUAAUAAUAUCCCGCUGAGCGAAGUUUACUGGUCUCUCGUUAACAAAGCUGAUAAGAAAUUCUCCAAGAUCAGAGACUUGCCCUUCUAUGAACGCAGCAGGUAUGAGAACUAUUUCUUCAAGGUGUUUAAGGUAUACACACAGUUAUGGAAGUUUCAACAAGAAAAUAGGCAGAAGCUCGUUGAAGCUGGGCUUAAGAGAUGGGAGAUUGGAGAGAUAGCAUCUCGCAUUGCUCAGCUUUACUAUGGGCAUUAUAUGCGGACAAGUGAUGCGGGUUACUUGUCUGAGUCCUAUGUGUUCUACGAAGCAAUACUCACUAGGGAGUACUUCAAAGAGGGAUUGUUUCAGGAUCUUAAUAUUGCAAACAAGCAGCUACGGUUUCUUGCAAGGUUCCUAAUGGUCUGUUUGGUCCUGGGCCGCAGAGAGAUGGUUCAUCAGCUUGUUGAUCAGUUUAAACGGUUGAUAGAUGAUUGCAAGAGGACCUUCCAGGAAACCGAUUUUAAAGAAUGGAAGGUGGUGGCACAGGAAAUAGUUAGAUUUCUGAAAUCUGACACUGCAUUUAUGAACAUCAGACCUCUAAGAUAUAGUCCUGUGCUGGAUCCUAAUUUGGAUGCUGGUACACCACGUGCAAGUAGGUAUUUAAGGUUGACGGAUGCAAUUUUAAGCAGUUACUACUAUAACGAGGUCAAGUACUCAGAGCUCACACUCGAUUCUUUUAGAAUGCUCCAAUGCUUAGAGUGGGAACCGAGUGGUUCACUAUAUCAGUCAACUGGUGCUAAAAUGGGUCAGAAUGCUCCCAUUGGAGUUGGUCGUAUUAACUCCCAGAGUAUGAAUGAUCCUACGUUGCCACCUAACCCUCGAAAAGCUGUCCUUUAUCGUCCAUCCAUAACACAUUUCUUGGCUGUUUUGGCCACCAUUUGUGAGGAGCUUCCUUCUCAUGGCAUUCUUUUAUUAUAUUUGUCUGCUUCUGGCAAGAAUGGGCAGAUUUCAUCAUCUCCUUUGAGUGGUAGAAAUGCAACUAGUGUUGAGGAGAAUAUCUUGAGAGACUUUGAUUCUCACAUAAUCAAACAAGAGAGAGACCCAUCACUUCAAAUUACGCCAUCUGGUCAGUCUUUGAGGCAAAAUAGUGAGGACGCAGUCAGUACCCCAUGUGGUUUGUCUUUUGGCAGUCAUGGGCUCACAGGAUCAAGCUAUAUCUAUCCCUCUGAUUUAGUUCCAUUCACAAGGAAACCUCUUUUCAUAAUCAUUGACAGCGAUAACAGCAUAGUUUUUAAGAAUAUUUGUGGAGCGGAGAAAGGAGAACCAGCAGCAUUGCUUCUGUCUCCAUCACAUGCUCCUCCGCUAAUCUCUGCUGAUUUCUCUCGUCAACCUAGUGGUAGCCUUUUCACCAUUUUUCUCACUGCACCAGUCCAAGCUUUUUGCUUGUUAAGUGGGAUUUCCGGCUCUGAUAUGGAAACGGAUAUUUUUAUUAAGGCAGAGAAGCUUAUGUCCUCGUCUAUGAAUGAAUGGGCUUCAACAUUGGCAACAUCAGAUACCCUGCACCCUGUUUGGUCCCAGAUACUAAAAGAUCCCUUCUUGAGACGACUGCUCCUUAGAUUCAUUUUCUGCCGGGCUGUCUUGGCACUGUACACUCCAGUCCUCAAUAACCAACAAAAUCAGCCAGAGUGCUUUCCGUCUCUCCCGGAUUCGCUAGCACCAACCUCUCCUGCGGUUCAAACUGCUGUGCUUCAGAUGGCUAAUGUAUUUGGGGCCACAAGUAAGUUUACUUUACCCCAAGAUAUCACAAUGCUCGAAAGCCUCUAAGCUACCUCUGCGACUAGAAGAGCUUCGGUCUGAAAUAUUCUUGUGCAAAUCGGGAAUCUCGAUUUGGUCAAUGCUUCUUCAGUGUCAUUGGAGGUUUAUAACCAAACCUCUUUUGAGAUUUAUGGUUGAAGAACAUAUUGGUGUGCGAAAUUAACAAAGUGUUUGAUGCAGAACAUGUGAUUGGCUCUGAUGUUUGGUUUUUUGUUUUUGUAUAUUGAUUCAACUUUUACAGUCUAAUGGAAAUUCACCAUCUUCUUUUA